CUGCUGUACCAAACUCAAUGCUAGGUUUAUAUUAACCCCCGCUGUACCAAACUAAAUGCUAGGCUGGAAGCCAGGGGCAAAUAAUGUGUGAGUUGAGAUGAUUCAGACAGCAACGUGAACAUGAUGUUCUUAUUGAGGCGCAUUGGUCUAUCACUGUUAUUAUGUGGUUGUCUUAAGUUGACUGCACUAACAGUAAGUAGCUCUGGAUAAAUGACUAAAAUGACUUGCCUGGACUGUACGAGUGUAACGAGUGCGUUGAUCCAAUUCCCCCCUCACAGUGCCUUCAGAGGGGAAUACACUGAAUACAAAGAGGAUGGGAUCUACACCUGUGUUGUCUGCGGCUCCCCGUUGUUCAAGUCCGAGACAAAGUUUGACUCUGGAUCAGGUUGGCCUUCCUUCUAUGACCUGGUGACGGAGGAGUCAGUCACUGUAACAGAUGAUUUCGCCUACGGGAUGCACAGAGUUGAGACCAGCUGUAGUCAGUGUGGUUCUCACCUCGGACACCUGUUUGAUGACGGCCCCAGACCCACAGGGAAACGAUACUGCAUCAACUCUGCCUCUCUGGGCUUCCAGUCAGCCUCCGCCUCUAGCCCACCCAGCAACGGAGAUGGGGUAGGAGCUGGGGCAGGAGCUGGGGCUGGGGCUGGAGCUGGGGCAGGAGCUGGGGCAGGAGCUGGGGCAGGAGCUGGGGCAGGAGCUGGAGCUGGGCCAGGUGGUGCGGUCGGGGGUAAGACUGAGCUCUGAGUAAAAGGUCUCCUUGGUCUUGGACAGGAUUCAGGAAUACAGGAAGUACAGGCACGGUCACUCACUCCUUAUCCUAACUGGUAGCCUAGGUCCUGGUCGAAAUGUUACGAACAGAACAGAGAACAGCUGGAGAAUAUAGGUUACACAGAACCCGAAAAACAGUCAUCCAACUAGGUUACACAGAACCCAAAAACAGUCAGACAACUAGCUUACACAGAACCCGAAAACAGUCAGACAACUAGAUUACACAGAACCCGAAAACAGUCAGCCAACUAGAUUACACAGAACCCGAAAACAGUCAGACAACUCGGUUACACAGAACCCGAAAACAGUCAGACAACUAGGUUACACAGAACCCGAAAACAGUCAGCCAACUACAGUCAGCUCAAUAAGGGGCCAUCAGCACCCCUUAGAAACAUGUGGAACAUGAUGCAUCUUCUGUGCUCAUGUGGGUUACACACACCCAAACACAGUCGGUCAAACACAGUCAGUCAAACACAGUCGGUCAAACACAGUCGGUCAAACAGUCGGUCAAAUGACCCCAGUGGCCAUGCACCAAGCUGGCCCACCUCUGGCUCCCAGCCUUAAUAAAGUCCCAGACCUCUACUGUACUCUACAACCGUCUGAGGAGACACAUGUUGGGAUGCAGUUUCACGUUGCUCACAUUGCUUUUGACCGUUUACAAGUUUAGAUCAUAUUUUAAAGUGUAUAUAUAUAUCAACUGUUAUAUAUUUUUCUUUCUAGUAUAUUUAAAACUUUAUGCUUUUUUUUUUUUUUUUUU